AUGAUUGGAAAUAUUCUUAAUGUUCAACCCUUAACUGGUAAAGUAGCUACCAAGGAAGCGGUACUACAGAAGAUACACUCUGUAAGUCUCAUUCACAUUGCUGCACAUGGUGAACCAGAGAGAGGUCAUAUUGCAUUAGCUCCAUCCAACCGAAAGAAGAAUGACUUUCUGUUGACAAUGGCCGACAUCUCCGCAGUCAGAUUGCGAGCCAAACUGGUCGUACUCAGUUGCUGUCACAGUGGAAAAGGACAUAUCAAAGCUGAGGGAGUUGUUGGCAUAGCUCGAGCCUUCUUAGGAUCUGGCGCUCGCUCAGUGUUAGCGUCUCUUUGGGAAGUGGACGACGAUGUAACAAUGGCGUUCAUGGAGCAAUUCUACCAGCACUUGGUGAAUGGAAAGAGUUCGAGUGAAUCUCUUCAUGAAAGUAUGAAAUGGAUGAGAGAGAACCCAGACUACUCGGAAGUGAGAAAAUGGGCACCAUUCGUGUUGAUUGGAGAUGAUGUGUCAUUCCAUUUCGCCAAAUGA